AUGUUGCACUUCUUGAGGCAACCCAUAGUGAGAUUACUUGUGUGGUCUUGCGUUAUACCGCAGGCAAUCAAAGCCAAUGUACUUCCACCUAAACUCCUGAACACCGGGCAGCAGCGGUUCUGUCGGACUUGUGAUGGUGCUAGGAGUGGAAAUACUGUAUGUGGCGCAGUUGCUAGUGAAAGUCAAGAGUGUAGCAACGAGGGGAAAAACAUAUUGCAAAAUGGUGGCAAUGCCGCAGAUGCUAUGAUCGCGACGGUGCUUUGUGUCGGUGUUGUCGGUAUGUAUCACAGCGGCAUUGGAGGAGGUGGGUUUAUGACGAUUCGAGAGCCGAAACCUGGUACGGAAGGAUUUAUGUACUCUACCAUCGACUUUCGCGAGACGGCUCCAGCUGGGGCGCAUAGGGAUAUGUACAAGUUCAACAGAGGGGCAGCUCAAAUCGGUGGCCUAGCAAGUGGCGUGCCUGGAGAGCUCAAAGGAUUGCAAUAUCUUAAAGAAAAGUAUGGCAGUGACAGGCUCACCUGGUCACAACUGGUGCAACCAGCAAUCAAGAAGGCUGAGGAAGGAUGGGAAGUUUCUAAAGACCUCGAGAUAUAUAUGAAUCGGGCUGUUGGGAACGGUAAGGAUUUCUUAUUGGAGUUCCCAUGGAAUGAAACGUUCGCGAAAGAAGGGAAACGAGUUAAAGAAGGAGACUUGGUAAAGAGAAAGAAAUAUGCAGAAACCCUCCAGACUAUUGCUAUGGAUGGGGUAGAAGAAUUUUACAAGGGGAAAAUCGGAAAGAGUAUUACCAAGGCUGUCCAAAGUGAUGACGGGAUCAUGACUGAAUAUGACCUUCGAAACUAUGUGAUCGUUCAACGUGAACCAUUGAUAGACAGGUACCACGACCACACUAUUGUUAGCCCUAUGGCACCAUCCAGUGGCGUGAUUGCCCAAAAGGUCCUCAAGGUUCUGAACCUAUAUGGUGAUCUUUUCAAAAAUUUGACGAAUGUUCACCGAGACACUCACCGGAUGAUCGAGGCCAUGAGAUUUGGUUACGCUAUGAGAAGAAAACUUGGAGACCCUGCUUUUAAUGAAGGGAUGGAAGAGUUUCAGGAGAAGAUGCUGAGCAAUGAGGAAAUCAAUCGGGUACAUGGAAAUAUCACAGAUGAUUCCACACACGAGGAAUCAUAUUAUGGCCAAGGUGGCGAUCCUGGAAGGGAAAGAGGCGGUACAUCCCAUAUGGUAACAGCAGACAACACCGGGUUGGCUAUCUCACUUAUCACGUCGGUAAAUCUUUUCUUUGGUAGCCAUGUGAUGGACCCUGACACAGGUAUCAUCAUGAAUGAUUCAAUGGACGACUUCUCUAUCCCUGGUGAGGCCAAUGCAUUUGGCUACAUACCCUCACCUGAAAACUUCAUAUGUCCGGGCAAAAGGCCUCAAUCUUCUAUGUCCCCAGUGAUUGUGACUGGCCCUGACAAAUUUACUUUUCUUGCUGGCUCUGCAGGAGGAAGUCAUAUUACUAGUGCUACGAUCCAAAACAUCAUCCAUGUUGUUGAUGAAGGUUUAUCAGCCGAGGAAGCAUUAAGAAAGCCACGUCUGCAUGAUCAGCUGAAUCCCUAUAUUUGUUCCUUUGAACACGGACAUGGAUUUUGCCACGAAACCGAUAAAUAUGACAUGAACACAGUCGCUGAAAUGGCAAGAUUGGGACAUAAUGCGAGUUGGAUUAUGCCCGGUAUGAGCACCGCGCAGGCAAUUCGAUGGUCUAACGGUGGAUUCGAGGCCGCAGGAGAGCCAAGACAGUGUAACUCUGGAGGUGCUGCUUACGAUGAGUACCUCCACACCUCGCCCAGCCUGACGGCUUCACUUGGCACGGUACUACGAACGAUCGACCUGCGUCCGGGAAAGACGAGUCCCAUGCACCGAACGGUUAGCGCCGCAGUGUAG